AUGUCCUACUCCUCGGACGAAGACCAACCCGACCCCGAGCUCCUCGAGCUCCUGCGUCAACACCUCAACGGCAAACAACCGUCCCCAACCGCCGCCGAGACAGGCGUUCUAGACUCUGCCGAGUUCGUCUACAACCACGCCAUCGACGUGGCCCUGGACAUGCGCGGGUGCAAAAAGGCCGCCAACACCAUCUGGGACCAGAUGCAGCAGCGGGAGUACUCGCCCGCCACUUGGUCGACGCACGAGCUCCACCCCAAGGAAAAAAAUGAGGAGACGGUCCAGUUCAUCUUUACCAUGGAUCUGCUCAACUUUUCGUUUUGGAGCGAGAAGAGCGAGGAAGACCGGUUCCAGGUGGAGUAUAGAGGAAAGAGGUGGACGGGGUACUGGAGUUUGGUGGCGGCGUUGCAGAGGGGGUUAGAGGAAGGAAUCCCCAUCACCGAUCCCGCAUUCUGGAUCAAUGACGAAAAAUUCACCCCAGACGUCCUCCGCACCGUCUUCCGGUCCGCCACAGACGAGGAGAUCCCCCUCCUACAAGAACGAUUCGACUGUCUCCGUGAAGCCGGCCAAGUCCUCCACGAGAAAUACGAUGGGUCUGUCCUGGACCUCAUCGAAGAAGCGAACGGCUCCGCCGCAGCCCUCGUCAACCUCCUCGCUUCCGAUUUCCCUUGUUUCGCUGACAUACACUCCUACCCCGGCCGGCGUCAACCCAUCCGCAUCCUCAAGCGCGCACAAAUCCUUGUCGCUGACCUGUGGGCCUGUUUCGAAGGCCAAUCUUAUGGAUCCUUUGCGGACAUUGACAAAAUCACCAUGUUUGCCGACUACCGCGUCCCGCAAAUGUUGUGGCAGCUCGGUUGCCUCUUGUACGGUCCCACGCUGGAGGCGGCGGUGCGCGAGAAGAAGAUGAUUGAGCAUGGUGGCGAGUGGGAGAUGCAGUUGAGGGCCUGCAGUAUCUGGUGCGUGGAGCUGAUUAGGAGGGAGAUCAUUAGGGAGCAUCCGGAGGCGAAAGGAAAAGUGAAUGCGGUGUUGAUUGAUUUCUUUUUGUAUGAUGCUGUCAAGGAGUUGGAGAAGGAGGGCGGGGAGAGGAUCCCGCAUCAUAGGACGAGGAGUAUUUGGUAUUAGAGG